UUGACACGGUCGUUUCGUUUAUUUCAAAUUCAAAAAGCAUCAACUUGAAAACUUUUACAAAACACAAGUAAUCAUAAAGAACUUUAAAAAUAAGCUUCUGUAGUCUUCUGUUUCUUAAUUCCAACAAAUAUGGUUAGAAUGGAAAACAUACUAGAUAAUGUUGAAAAUCCUCCGCUAUUUUUGGUCGAAGAGCGUGUUAAAACAUUUAAAAACUGGCCAUUUAGUGAUAAAGAUAAGUGUAACGUGCGUAACAUGGCAGAGGCGGGUUUCUAUUCCGUGGCCACUGGGGACGAAGACGCGGAUGCAGCGAAGUGUUUCCUGUGUGGAAAGGAGUUGGACGGCUGGGAAUCGUGUGACGACCCCUGGGCGGAGCAUAAGAGCCACGCUGCCAAGUGUGCGUUUGUUCAACUAGGCAAGAGAGAAGAUGAAUUGCUGCUUUCUGAAUUCCUGUCAGUUAUUAAACAGUACAUGAUCAAUGACAAGAAACGUGUAGCUGAGUUUGCCAAGGAGCUCAUUGAUGAAAGAGCAAAAAGAGCAAAACAGUUUAAUAGACAUCUGGGCAGAAAAUAAUUUAUUUAGUGAAGACUUUUCUAUUUUUGAAUCAUAGUCAACAUGUGAAAAUGUAUGUAACAUUGGAAUUGAUAGUGUUUUAUUGAUAACUUUAAACUGAAGAUCCAAAAGCUGCCCGGUUACAGUCAAUAUUACUGUCAAAAUUUAAUACUUCAAUUCUUCUAUAUGCCCUCUACCCAAGCAAUAUUAUGUAGAAUAUAAUAAUAGUGUCCUAUGGAAAAAAAAACAAUUAAAUCACCAAUAGGAUACCAGACCACAGAAAACUUAAUUGAGUUUUACUAUCAUAAAAUUUUAUUGCAUAACUGUUUUUGAGAAGAUAUACAAAAGUACACCAAAGUGAGAUUU